AUGGCUUACCGUGUAGAAGUAGAAUGUGGCUCCACUGGUGUAGGGGAUCAGCUCGCUGUUGUUGGGGGCAGCCCCGAACUUGGGGAUUGGAACCCCAGCAAAGCAAUCCGACUUGAAACAUCAGCCGCCACUUUUCCAAUCUGGGCUGCCCCGAUACCGGCAGCUUUCCUUGGCUGCGAAUUCAAGUUCAUCAUUCUACGAUCUGAUGGACAGAUCACUUGGGAGGAGCUGCACAAUCGCAGUUGGACCCAGAGGGCUGUCGGGGCGCUUCCUGGCGCUGUGUUGGCCUCGUCGUUCAAUGUGGACGAGUUGCAGAUCCGCCAACCACCCACCGGGCCCACCGGGCAGCGGAUUCAGCUCCAGCGGACAGAUACCCUAAGGACAGAAAGCGAUAGGACCAUUAGCUUCAAGGCGACCGUGUCCGUCUCGCAGGUGCCUCACCUGGGGGAAACGGACUUGAAAAGGGACUUGUGGUGGUCACAAGAGGACUUUUCAGACUUCCUGAAAGUACGCUUGGCCCUUGCAAACGAGUACAAAGAGGCUGUCAAACAUCAGCGUCUUCGAGCCAGUGGUUCGUGGGACAUCCAGGAUCCUACAUUGCGUCAAGAAUCGAGACGAGGACUGGGACUGGGACGUAUAAAGCUCCGUCAGAACAACACGCGAGCCUACCUGGCUUCAGUGGUUAACGAGCAGUCCAGGCAGAGACGAGAAGCGAACUGGGCUCCCAGCUUCCAACUAGAUGAUGUAAAACUUUCGGAAGUGGCCAGAAAGAUAUCCAAGAGUGAUGUGGAAUAUUCAGUCCAGCGUGCAGAGAGAGAUCACGUGGAUGUUUGCAAGGAGAUCGAACUGCUGAAGAAGCUGCAGGAGGAGGUCGAAGAUGAGCCCUGCUGCAUGGAGCAGAUGGAGCAGCCUGAGCAGGAGCCCAACCCGCCAACCUCCGACGAUUCCGAUCAAGGGUCCCCGGCCAAUGGGGGGUUCGGCAUGAAGCGCGUUCCGUCCAUUGCGCUGGUUGACAGAGAGGAGGAGCAGGGCGACGAAGACGAUGAUGGUGUCAGUGUGGCCUCAUCCGUGAGACCACCAGACAACACGAAAGGUUUUGGCAUUUCAAGAGAAGUGCUCCACGAUCACGGACUUCGUGCAACAGGGCGUAAGGACGACUCAGUGUGUGAGAGCAGCAACAGGAGAAGUAUGUCCCACACCGAUUUGGCAAAUGCCAAGAGUUUGAGGUGA